CGUGUCCUUUCUUCUCCUAGCCUCUUUUUCGUCGCAGUCUGGCAGAAAUGGCCGAUGCCAGAAAUGCAACUCGCGCCUGCUGAAACAACCGUCACCUCAUCUCCUGUACACUUUGCCGUCUGCUCUUAUCUACAGGAGGCUUCCACAUACUCGUGUCUGAUAAGCACUCUUGCUGAAUCGUAGACUCUCUCCAAAGACCAGUCAUCAUGCUCGCUCGCCGUACAUUGCCCGGGCUCAAGCCAACCUUCUCAAAGGCACGCCUACUUGCUACAACGCCAACAGCUCCAUUGAAACGCACUCCGCUCUAUGAUUUACACGUCGAGCAUGGUGGUAAGAUGGUGCCAUUUGCAGGGUUCAGCAUGCCUGUCUUGUACGCCGCGCAAUCCCUCACCGAUUCGCAUCUUUGGACACGCACGAAAGCUGGAUUGUUCGAUGUGUCCCAUAUGGUUCAGUUCCACGUCCGCGGUAAAGGUGCCGUUGGCUUUCUCGAAUCUGUUGUGCCUGCUGGCUUGCAAGAGUUGCAAGGAUUCAGUGGCACGUUGACGGUGAUGAUGAAUGAACAAGGUGGUAUUCGGGAUGACUUGAUCAUCACGAAACACACUGAUGAAGAUUUCUACGUCGUUACAAAUGCUGCGUGCAGGGAGAAGGACUUGACAUAUCUCAAUGAUGCUUUGCGUGCUUGGAAUAAGCAGCAUGAUCAGCACGUCAGUAUUGAUUUGAUGGACAAUCACGCGCUUGUGGCAUUGCAAGGUCCACAAGCAGCUGAAGCACUGCAAGAUCACACCGAUACUCCUCUCGCUUCUCUCAAGUUUGGCAAUAGCGGUAACGCUUCCAUUGAUGGUGUCCCAUGCCAUGUCAGUCGUGGCGGAUACACCGGUGAAGAUGGUUUUGAAAUCAGCAUUCCCAACACGUAUGCUGCUCAAAUCACCGCCUCUCUCCUCGCCGAUGGUGGUCAAGCGCGCGUUGCACUAGCCGGUCUCGGUGCUCGUGAUUCGCUACGCUUGGAAGCUGGAAUGUGCUUGUAUGGUAGUGAUCUGGAUGACACCACUACACCCAACGAAGCAGGUCUUCUCUGGACCAUUCCUAAGCGAAGGCGACAAGAAGCAAACUUCCCAGGCGCAUCAGUUGUAUUGCAGCAAUUGGACAAAGCGACUGGUGGACCGGCUCGGAAGCGUGUUGGAUUAUUGAUUGGCGCUGGUGGUGCUCCUGCUCGUGCCGGGGCACUCAUCAUUCACCCGGAAACAGGUCAGCAGGUGGGUACGGUCACGAGUGGUUGUCCUUCACCUAGUCUCGGCACGAAUAUCGCAAUGGGCUAUGUUGAGAGUGCGUUUAGCAAAGUGGGUACGGCGUUGGGUGUCAAGGUACGCAAGAAUGUGGGUGCUGCGACGAUUGCCAAGAUGCCAUUUGUACCAACGCGAUAUUACAAGUAGUACAGUAUUGAUGCCAAUAUCUGGAUUAAGUAAUAUGAAGUAGAAUGCCAUGCAU